UCAAUCAAAAUGAGUUCGGAAAUUUCGACAUUAAAAGGAGAAUAUUCAGAAUAUUCUACAGAAGAUGAAAAAAGUGAAUAUGAUGAUAAAAUAAAAUAUUUGGAAGAAAGUAAAAAACCCACCAAAGAAUCCAAUCUUUGUCCAUUUGAAUUAUUAUGGAGUUUCGGAUUAAAUUCAGACGUACCUCUAAUAAAUUUAACCACGAAAAAUCGUACGCUUAUCGCUUACUCCUGUUCUCAUAUCGUAAUAAUCUAUAACUAUGAGACUAAAGAAGCGUUAAAUCUUCAAGGUCAUAAAAAUACGGUGAGAACAUUAUCGACAUCGAUGGAUGGAAAAUGGUUACUCUCUGCAGAUUUCGAGGAGGAUUGUGUAGUUGUUGUUUGGGACACUGAAACUGGUGUACCAAUCUCUACUCUAUUCAAUCCACACGGUAAUCAAGAAAUGGCAGCGGUUAAAAUUAGUCCAAAUGCUAAAUACAUAGUGACUGUUGGAAAUGAAUUUCACCAAAAGGUUCAUUUUUGGCUAUGGACAUAUGGAAAAGAUAAACCUGAUAAGUCUGUAGAGAUAACUGAAUUUGAUACGAAUAGAAUAAAAGAAAUAGCAUUCAAUGACGAUUGUUCGGAGGAAUUUGUUUUAAUUGCCGAUUAUAAUGUUAUAUUUUUUAAAUGGGAACAAGAGGAAUUGAAAUUUUACAUACCACAAAUUUUGGGCAAGGCACGACGAUACGGGGUCUUCAAUUGCUCUUGUUUUAUAUCUAAAACAUUACGAGUAUUAACAGCUACAACAUAUGGAUACAUCGUUGUUUGGGAUAUUUCUGCUCACAAAGAUAAAACUAAAAGUUAUAUUGCAAAUAAAAACAAGGAAAGAAAAUAUAUUAAAAGUGUCAAGUUAGAAAAAAAUAGUAUUCUGGUGGUAGUGCAUAAGAAUGGGAAGAUAGUGACAGGAUCUUUAAAUGGACGCAUCAGUUUCUAUGAUCAAGAUUUAAGAAUACUCUAUUGGUGUGAACAUGAACUUUUGGAUGGUAUACGAUCGAUAAGUUUCGAUUUUUCAUCUUCAUUAUUGGCUCCUGUGAAUGAAACUGAUUUCGAAUACAAUGACGAGGAUUACGAAGAAAAAGAAGAAAUGGGAGAUUUUUAUUCGGAAAUCACGUUAAAUGCCCCUGUUUGCAAUAAGAAAAGAAAAGAAUUUACAGAAAAUUUAAAAUCGAAAUAUGAAAUAAUCGAUAAAAUUCCAUCGACAUUAACCGUGAAUUUAGAAAUAUUACCCAAGAAAUAUUAUGAUAAACUUCCAAAAAAACCUAUGGUACCUACCGAAGCCACUGUACGAGGUGCUCCUUUCUAUUUCAGUAAUUUCUUUAUCAGUUGUUUGAGUGGAACAGUUGCAUUAAUAGAAAUUCCAACAUUCAAGUGCCGAUUUAUUUUUCGGUAUACAAAAGUUGCAGUCUUAAGCUUAGAUGCACAUCCUCGAAGUAAUUAUGUAGUCACUGGUGAUGCAAAUGGUUACAUCUGCUUAUACGAUUAUGAGAAACGUAAGAUCAUAGUACGGCAAAAAACUCCACCUUUUCCAGAUUUUCGUCCACUGCUGGAUGAACAAGUAAAAAGUGGACACAUAAUUUAUAUCACGUGUCCAUUGAGCCACGAGGGACUGAUUGGUGUUACAGCGUUAAAAUAUUCCCAAAUAGGUGACAUGCUCGCGUGUGGUCUUGAAAAUGGAUCGCUUUGGAUGUUGCAUCCUAUCACUUUGGAACCCAUUGAUAAAAAUCCUUACAAACAUUCCAUGCAGUCAAUUCAUAAAUUAGCUUUCUCAGAUUGUGGAGAAUAUCUGGCUUAUGCAGAUAAUACAUUGCUGGUAGCAGUAUUUAAAAGGAAUCAUAAAAGAAGCAGCGACGAUGAUAAUAUAUGGAAUUUUAUUGGAAAAUAUCGUUCGCACAAUGCAGAUAUAAAAGACGUACUUUUCGGUCCAGCUACUAUCGAAAGUAUUGUAUAUCGAUUAUUUUCAAUAGCAGAAGACAAAACUUUAAUUGAAUACAAUCUUAAAAAUAGCGGUCCAUAUCCUCUUCCGGGUUUGAAAAUACUUGAUGUUUAUAAAAUCGAAAAUGAUGCUAUACCUUUUUGUCUCGAAUGGUACCCACAAUUUGGCAUUGAAGGAUUUCUGGUGUAUUCUACUUCCGAAUAUAAAUUUAGAUUGUUAAACGAUAUGACGAAAUUGAUUCGAGGAACGUUUUUGGGACCCCUUUAUGGUUCACCAGUUAAACACAUCAAGGUAUUAUCCAGUAAAGAUUUCAAAAAUUUUAGAUACAUGGUAUUUGCAACUGAUAAAGAAAUAGGUCUUCAGAUACUUCCCUUUGAUGGAAAUCCUUAUAAAACUCUAGGAAUGAUUGGACAUCCGCAUAAGGUCUGUUGAUGUGUUAUCACAUCUAGGAGGCAAAGGUCUCUCACCAUAUUACUGUUUGAUAGAAGGUGGUAAAAAUGGUUGGCUUAUUAAAGAGAUGCAAGAUCUGUUUUAUUACUCUCAAAUUUUGCAUCAAGGGGAGAAUAUAACAAGUACCAGAAUAAUAUCCGACAAGGUGAACAUCAACGAAUUGCCAAACCUUAUGCGUUCUAUUGGAUAUUAUCCAAGUAACGAGGAGAUAGAAAUUUUUAUGGGGGAGAUCGCAUAUAGAGAUUACGCGGAGACUGGCAAUUUAAUCGAUAAUAUUAAUUUUGAAGAUUUCGUGAAGCUUUAUAUAAAUCAUCGUCCAUCUUUUGGGAUUUCUAAGCAUAACUUAUUGGAAGCUUUCAGAAUAUUUUCAAAUCAAUUGCACGAAGAGGAUCCAUUCUUAACUCGUGAUCAAUUCAUGAGGUUGUUGCUUGGUCAUGCUCCUUAUACCAUUAUAAAGAAACAUGAGAUGCCUUUUGGAGAACCAUUAACAAUUCAAGAAGCAUUUACAUAUAUGAAGUUUCUUAUUGGAUUUGAAGGAAAUUUUGAUGAAAUAAGUCAUGAACAGGAACCAUCAAUGUCCGUUGAUUUAUCGUUCUUGCCAGAGAUGAUAUCUUACAAAUAUUUCAUCACGGACAUCUUGGGUAUUGAAUUUCCGGAGGAAACGAGGGCUGACGAUGAUUAAUUAAUCUGUAUUUUGCAUUGCUGGCACAUUAACAUUAAUUAUCAUUACCAUACUAAUAUUAUUAUCAUUAUAAUGUAAUGCGAGUUCUAUUAAACAUGUACGAACACUAACGUAUUUAUCCAUGUUUCUUAAAAUGUCGAAUGAAAAAAAAAAAAAAUCAGCGACAGAAUUAGCUCGAUUUUACCAAAUUUUGUCCAACAUGGUGAAUUAAAAUUAUAAAAAAAUAAUUCUUGAUUGACCAUUCAUUUCUCUUAUAUUCCUGUUUCAAAGAUUCAAUUGUGGCUAUAAUUUGGUGAGUUUCAGCCAAUUUCGCGUGUAGAAUAAAAUAAUUUUGAUAUAAUUAAUUAAUAAAUAUGAUAACUCGAUAGUCGAAACACAGGUUAUCAAAAUUAAUCGGUAAAUUUUAUCUUUACAAAUGAAAUUUCUUUUCGCUCGUAUUCCAUUGCACACUCAUAUUUCACCGGAAUCUUGAUAAAUUAAAAUAUUGUAUCGAAAUUGAAAAAAAAAAAAAAAAAAGAUUAGCGCUCAAUACACAUAUAUCGUUAAUCGAUCUCGAUAAAGUGCUACAAGUUGUACAAUUAUUUCGUAUAUAAAUGUUUGAAAGUGAUAUUACGACGAAUAAGUAAGAACUAGACUAGAGAAACGAUAAAAUAUCAACCGAUUCAUUAUAACUAAAAAUAUGGAACAUAUAUAUAUAUAUUAUAUAUAUAUAUAUAUAAUGAAAAAAUGAUAGAGAUUGGAAAAUUUAUUUUUCCACUGAUGAUCAUAAAAAAAUUAGAAAUUAAUAAGUGAAUACGUUUUAUAACGGAUGUGUAAUUAUAAAAAUUUUAGAAAAUUCAGGCGAUUUAGAGAAAGAAAAAUAAAGGGUAAAACAAAGAAAGAGAACAAAGAUGGUGAUUUAAACGAGACAAUGCAAAGAAAUCGCGAAAUACACGUACAUAUUUCGAGACGAUUAUGAACAGAAUGGUGGGUCGUCGAAAAAAAAAAAAGAAAAAAAAAAAAAGAA